ACACUUAUUUUUUGUUUCUGUUGGGGUGGUCGUGCUGAUGUUGAAUGGGAUGUGUUUACGUGUGAAGUGUUUUUAAUAAAUAGUUUGAUUGAACUGACGAGGAUUAACAGAAUUUUUUUAUACUUCUUGUGCACAUAUUUUAAUAAAAUAAACCUGUAAUGUUUUGAAUUAGCUUUAUAACUUCAAAAAUUUGGAAAUGUACCGGCAUGUGUUAAAAGUAUUUUGUAGUGACCGCAACACAGCAUUACAUCAAAUCAGAUACAAAUGUGUGCCUAAAUACACUUCCUAUUCAAAAUAUAGCUUUAAUAUACGCACUUUUCAGCCAUUUAUAACUCACGUGAACUCAAAUAUUUUUAGCAAUGGCUCUAAUUUUUUCACUUGUACCUUUGUGAAGUUAAUCAUUGAAGGUUUUCACCGAGUACCACAGUGUUUGAAGGCGCAUUCAAGGUGCAUUGUAAAGGUAUGUACAAGACAAUGCGAGUAUGUAAUUGCACACCGCAUCAAAAGAGGACACCAGAUGUUUUGCUUAUACACCAAACUGUGGGACGAGGUUGCUCUCAGAUGCCUUAUCGCCAACUUAAAACGACAAUUGGCAAGAAGAGGCAAGCAAGUUUUGUUGGGUGCAGUUGGUGUGACAGCCUACAAUUGGGAAGAAGAGAGAAUUUCUGACAAAGUUAUCUUUAGCCACUUGAACGAGCUGCAGAGCGUGCACGAGCUGCUCCAGAGGACUGUGACCUGCUCCUUGUGUCACCAGCGCCUCGUCGUGGACGUCAGGAGUCCCAACAUCUCCUACUGCGAAUGCUCAUCGAAAAGAGCAUGCUGCAGAGAAUCAAAGUUGGGCUGGAUUCCGUUCAUCGAGCGAGAGGAUCUUCUCAUUUGGAGGAAACUUUAUGAUGGAUUGUAUGCCUACAAGUUGUACGGGAACUACGGCGACGUGACGGCAGAGGACUUCCUGCACGUGCAGAUAGACGCUGAGUACCGCAAGCAGUGGGACAACACUGCCCUCCAGCUGCAGGUGCUGGAGUCGGAUCCCGAGACCAACAGCGACAUCGUCUACUGGGAGAUGCAGUGGCCUCGGAUGUUCUCGAACAGAGACUACGUGUUCAACCGUCGCUACGUGGUGGACCGCAACAGGAACAUGAUAGUGAUAGUGAACCAGGCCACACAGCACCCUCAGUUCCCAGAGAAACCUCACAACUUCAGGGUGAAGGAGUACUGGUCCUACAUGGUAAUCAAGGCCUGCUCGUCAUUCAGCGAGCCUGGAAUAGAGUUUUCUUUGACAUACUUCGAUAAUGCCGGCAUUACCAUACCAUCAUCUGUAACAACAUGGGUCGCCAUUAGUGGUCUGCCCGACUUCAUGGGCCGCCUGCGGCAGGCGGCUCGGGACUUCCACGCCCUGAGGAGGGCCAACCCCAAGUACAUCACCGUGCUGCAGCGCAGGCACGGGUCUGAGGACGAGCCCUCCGCCCCGGACAGAGCGGAGACGCCGCGCAACCCCGUCACUUCGUCGCUGGCCGCGAGCGACCCCGCCCCCGACAAGUCCGGCACGUACUUCUACGAGCUGCACGGCUCCAGGAUGUUCUUCUGAUGGAGUGCUUGGCUGAAAGCGGCGGAGCGUGGUUGCCUCGUUCGCCGCUGUAUUUAUUACCUCCUUAGCCUUCAGUAUUGCCGAUAAUAGUAUGUGCACGUCGCACUGGUUGGUAUGUCACUUGCACGUGUUGCAAAGUAAUCCGAACAGGCUUUUAGAAAGGUUAGAAGGAAGCUGUUGCUAAUGUUAUUUAUAGUAUUUGCUUAAUGUUGAAAGAUUUUUUAUAACUGUUUGAGAACCGUAUUUGACUAUAAAUGUGUUGUGACUUGUUUUUAUAUUCAUGAAAAUGUUUUUGAUUGUGUACAAAACCCGAAAAAAAAUGUUUGAUGAACAUUUUGUGUGUUUGUAAACGUCCAGUUUAAAGAAACGGGGCAUCAGUAGUUUUGUUCAAAAUGUGUGAAACAUUGCAUUUGUAAUGCUAUUAAAUAUUGGCUUGUUAUAAAAUA